AUGUCAGCAUCAAGUCCGCCGUUGGAACCACCACCUCCGCCUCCAGCUACUUUUUAUAAGAGUGAUAUUUCGAAUUCGCUGGCCUUUGAUAAGAGUAAUAAAAGUGAUAUGACACUGAAAGAAGAUUUCGAUAAUCAUUCGGAUAUUCGGUCACGAUCAACAGUUCGUGAAAUACCAGUUCAACGAACCUCUUUAUCGUCGACAUCCUCUCAACGGCAGCAGCAACAACAACAGCAAAGUUUACCUGCUUUUUCGUCAACGUCAACAACAUAUGAUUAUAAUUCAACACCAUGGAGUGAUAAUCAUGAUUAUCAUGAAGAGCAGUAUUAUCGAAAAGAAAUUAUGACAAGAACAUAUAUCACAAAAUCGACUGAAACCUUAUCAUCAUUACCACAAACACAACAAACAGGACCAUUGUCCAGAUCAUCACCCAUCGAUUUCCAUUAUUAUCAGCCAAAAGAUCAACGUUUUGUUGAUUAUAAUGUUAAAUAUUUGAGGAAUAUAGAGGAGGAAGAACGAAGGAUCAAAGAAAACCAAGAAAGAAGGGAACUCGAAGAAGAGGAAAGGAGAAGAAGAAUUGAAGAAGAAAAAUAUUUAUGGGAAAUGAAACAGAAGGAAUUUUUAGAGAAAGUGCGAGCAGAACGCGAUAAAAAACAACGAGAAUUGGAAUAUGAUAUAAUGGAGAGAGAACGAUUUGAAAAAGAAAGAAUUGAUAGAGAUAGAAGUGAACGAGAAAAACUGGAAAUGAGCAGAAGAGAAGAAUGGGAAAAAUUGGAAAAAGAAAGAAGAAAAUGCGAAGAAAUGGAAUUAGAAAAGAAAAGAAAUUCGGAAAGGGAAAGACUUCGCCGUUUACGAGAGGACGAAGAAAGAAGAGAACGAGAACGUAUCGAGCGUGAAAGAUUAGAAAAAGAAAGAGAAAUGAGGGAAAAAGAGAGAGUGGAACGUGAAAAAGCUGAACGAGAACGAGUUGAAAGAGAACGUAUCGAAAUGGAACGAAUGGAAAUUGAAAGAAUCGAACGAAUAAAACGUGAACGGCAAGAACGCGAACAAAUUGAAAGAGAAAAGGAACAUGAAGAAGAAGAACGUCGCGAAAAGGAGCGAUUAGAACGAGAAAGAUUAAUGAAGGAGAAAGAAGACUUACGACGAAUAGAACAGGAAUUGAUUGAAGCACAACGACGUGAAGAUCAAUUACGUCAAGCUGAACGUUUACACGAACAAAAUCGUGAAGCACAACGAAGAGAAGAAGAAAGGAGAGAAGCCGAACUAAUUGCCGAAAUGAAGCGAAAAGCAGAUGAGAGAGAGAGUCAACGGCGACUUCAUGAAAUGCUGGAGAAGGAACGACUUGAAAAUGUACGAAAGGAACAGGAAAGGCUGGAAAUAGAAAAGCGCGAGUUUGAGCGAAGGGAACAGCAACGUCUUGUAAUCAAAUUUCUAACUUUUUGCUUUAUACCUCUAUGGUAUGCAGAAUAUGCUAAAAAUGAGCGAUGUGAGGAAGAACGUCGUGAACUCGAAUUACUCGAUGCGCAACGUAGAGCUGCUGAAAAAAGGGAAAAAGAACGAUUAGAAGAUGAAUUAAAGGAGAAAUUACGACAAGAAGAAGAAAGACGUGAAGCGGAAAAGCGUAACUGGGAACGUAAAGAAGCACUAAGGCGUGAACGUGAACGUCAAUUAGAGGAAGAACUGGAAAAAGAAAAAUUGUCACAGAUUGAACGUGCAGCUCAUGAAAGAAGAGCGGAAAGAUUAGCUGAGAUGGAACGAAACGAACAACGUUUAGCACUUGAACGUAAAGUAUUGGAGUUGAAGGAAAUAGAACGUCGUGAAAACGAACGACGAGAUUUUGAAAGAAUGGAAGAAAAGCGAAAAUUAAUGGAAUUACGCGAAAAUGAGCGGAAAAAUUGCGAGAAAAGAGAGCGAGAGAGACGUGAAGCAUUAGAACGUGAACGUAAACGUGCGGAAGAGGAUCGUCGUAGUCGUGACAAAUUAAAUUUUAUAGCAAAAGAAAUCGAAGAAAAAGAUAAAUUAGAAAUGGCAAAAAGAAAAUUAUUGGAGGAUUAUAGUCGAAAAAAUAGUUUAACAUCAAAAGAAACUCUUGAAAAACUAAUUAAACUGCCAUAUUAUUCGAGAGAAAAUUUGUAUACACCAAGCAUUAAUGACGAAGUUACAAAAAUUGAGCGACAAAUUAUUGAACGAGUUGAUAAAAAAUGUUGGAUGAUCGAUGAUACAAGGUCAACACCAUCACCAGCAGCUGCAGUAUUACCAUAUAAGGAAAUAUCAGAACUUAGUACUGGCAACGGUGAUAAUAUUGCACGCAAAAUGCCAAGCAGCCGAUACAAAUCAAAGGUGGAUAGAGCCAAGAAGGAUUUUUUUUUCAGUCAUUCUACUAAUACACCUGACGGAAUCAAUGAAAGAUUUCAAGAUACUUUAAGUGAUCUUCAUCGUACUAGAUCACAGCUUCAUUAUCCAUCUCAGUACUUACAACGUUAUAAUAGCACAAGCAGUGGUGGUGCUGCUGCUGAUAUUGGUGCUAAAAAAGCGAUGAACUAUUCACCAUACGGCAGCGUUGGGCCAAGUCCAUAUAAUAAAGAAUAUGAAGAAUUAAUGGAUAAAAUACAAAGUAAUUUGGCUGAUUACCAAAAGAAACGAUUAUCACAACCAAACUUAUAUAGUCGUAAUCGUACUUGGUCUACUUCUUAUUUAGAAACCAAUCUUGAUACUGGUUUUGGUGAUAUUGUUUGUGUUGAACGUCAGCUUGAAGAAACAAAUUUGGACGAUGUUCAUCGUUCACGUUCAGUUAUGGAUCAUAAUCGACAAAGUCGUCGGGAUAUUGCAUCUGAUAAUAAUUCACAUAUUCGAUCGAAAAGUGCCGAUUAUUUAAUGGAUAAAAAGUAUUUCAUGCCUGAAAUUUUUUAUCGUCAAAUUUUAUCUUUAAAUAAAUUAAGGAUUGAAAAAAUGGAAAUAUUUUAA